AAGAUCUCGCAGUGCUUUGCAAGGCCUUCGGGGUACAGUAGCAAGCAGAACUUCCCUUCGCUCCGCCCUUGUCUGCGGCACGAGUCCUUUCUCGUAAAGAAGGAUAUCGGAGGGAUUCCUCAGGGCAUUUGCUGAUUCCAGAAAAGGAAUUUUUAUUUGUGGAUAGUGAUUCCGUUGUCGACGAUACCUAGACCCAUUUCCAAUAAGUAGAUUUUACAGAAAAUAAUUCCCCUUUAGUUUUUCCUGACCACAGGAAAGCAAGUGUCCAGUAAUUCUUGAAUCAUAAUUGAACAUACUCAUUACCUCUGUUCAUUCGUCCACUAAACUUCCCACACUUUUUGAAGGCGAACACUAGUUUCUUAUCGACAGUUUCAUUUGUUUCACUUUUAAAAGUAAUUGAAUAUACUUCCUGCCUUGGUUCAUUCGCCCACUAAACUUCUCACACUUUUUGAAGGUGAACACAAGUUCCUAUCGAUCGUUUUUGUUCCAUUUUAAAAGUAAUUGAAUAUACUUCCUGCCUAGAGUCAAUCGCCCAUUAAACUUCUCACACUUUUUGAAGGUGAACGCAAGUUCCUAUCGAUCGUUUCUUUUGUUUCAUUUUGAAUCAACUACGCUUAAGAAAGACAUCUCCCAGUCUCCUCCUUGUCCACACCAAAUCUCUCACUCCGAAGCCAAGAUGCUCGCUCAGGGAACGGAGCAGAGAGCGAUGUUCAACAACUACGUUGUAAUCUUCGCGUUACUCCUGCUUUUGUACGUGUUAUGGCAUCUGGCCUUCUAGUGUCCUAGAGGUGAUGGGGGUUGAGUAGCUUAGGAGGUAUCGCCAGUAUGGAGGUUAACGAAGAGAGCGUGGGCGUGGGGCUGGGUGGUGUGGGCGGAGGUUCCUGCAGAAGUGGGCGGAGGAGAACGUGUAGGACGUGCGGCCAGCAGCAUCAGCCCCACGAACCCCAUCUCUACGACUACACUGACGAAGUCGACGAAGAUGUCACCUGCCACAUUUGUCUUCAGCCACUUGUGACCCCUAUAGACACCCCUUGUGGCCACACCUUUUGCCGUCCCUGUCUUCUGUCUUUCCUCACCGUCCAGCAGAGUUGUCCUGUCGACAGGAAGCCUCUGUCCCAGCAGCUGUGCAGUCCUUCUUCUCUCGUUCUUAAGAAGCUUCUUGAAAAAUUAAAGGUUAAAUGCCCAAAUGUUGACCAUUGUGAUAUGGAAAUGCCCCGGGGAGAUUUAGAGGACCAUCUUAAAUACAGAUGCCCUGGGAACUGGGUAUCCUGCCCAUAUUCAACUUCAGGCUGUGAUUAUCGAGGACCUCAAAGAUCAAUGACUGCCCAUAGUGCCUCCUGCUCCUACAAAGACCAUGGAGUGUCCCGGCCUCCAAUCCUGGAAGGGGAGAUCAGUCAUGUGGAGAUUCCCCGGACACACACAGCCCUUGGAAUUGCUAUUGUCGGAGGUUCCGAUACACCUCUUCGCUGUGUGGUAGUCCAGGAGGUAUUUCCAGACGGGCCAGUAGCUAUGGAUGGACGAUUACAGGCUGGGGACCAAAUAAUUGAAGUAGAUGGACAACCCAUGUCAUCGGCUACCCAUCAUGUUGUCUGCCAGGCACUUAGGAGAGCUCAGCCCGUUUUAAGACUUGGAAUCUACCGCGAAAGGAUUGAAACUCAGAGGAAUAUUUCAAAUAGCAGCACUAAUCCAAUUCCUACAAAUUCCUAUCAACCACAACCAGGUGAAGCUAUGAUGGUCACCCUGAGAAAGGAGAGCAGUCGUCAACUGGGCUUGAAGUUGGGUGGACGCCGUACGGAGCCUGGAAUCUUCAUCAUGGAGGUUAUGGAAGGCUCUGUAGCAGCUCAGGAUGGUAGACUUCAUCCCCAUGAUCGUAUCUUGGCUAUCAAUGGUGUUGAUGUACGGUAUGCCAGACUUGAUAAUGCUUCUAGGUUGAUCCAACAGACUCGUCAUCACGUGAGUCUCGUUGUGAGUCGCGGUGCAGCUACCAGUGUUGUCGAUUCGCCAGGCCCCCCACCAGAGUAUCAGCAUCUCUUCAGGCGUCCAGAUCCAGCUCUUCCAGUUCAUCACUGGCGUACGAAGUCGGCACCUGACCGUUUGGUUCCAAAGUUAGAAUACCACAACAAAGAAAUGAACAAGACCAUUGGAGAUGUUGGUGAUGGCCUCGGGAGUGAAAUUAUGGGUAGUGCCGACGACCUAGGCCUGUCGGCAUCUUGCGAGUCGCUGGAUGAAAGGGGAUCAUCUGUUUCUAGGAAAGAUAAUUCUCUUCUGCAUUCAAAUGGAUCACUAGCAUCUCCUGGGGAGCAGCAUAGUAGUUCUCUGGGUUCACUGAAUGGAGUUGGAAUGCAAUACCAAAGCAAUGGAUCGUUAGGUUCGAUGGGAACUCCUCUCCAUCAGAGUUCGGGUAGUAUAUCUUCUGCCAUGCGAAUUGGUGAUCCCCUUCUCGAAGAAGACGUAGGUCCUCCAGCCCUCCCUCCGCGGCACAGGCACGCUCUUGCUCGAACGCGGUCCAGCGAGCAGUUGGAGCCCCACGAGUCGAGUAUUGACAGUCCACGCGAGACAUUGCCGAAGCAUCAAAAUCUUGAUAAUUCUGGACAGAGUACUGGAUCUGGAUUUUCUGGUGGAGUUCAAGGUGCAGAUGUUACAGAUGGUUCAACAUGCAGCAGAAUGAGAAGUCGUCGAUCUCGCGAUUCAAGUGACAUGUCAGAUCUUGUUCAUGGUUUUAGGAGGUCCUUGCGCAUUGACAGUGCUCAGCUGCAUCAGAAAACUGUAACAAUAUCAAAGGCUGGGAAUGAGAGUCUGGGCAUGAGAAUUGGAGGAGGAAUUGGCAGUAAUGAAGGAGACACGCCCAUCUACAUUGCAAACAUCAACCCCCAAGGUCCUGUGGGAAAAUCAAAACAAGUCAAGAAAGGAGAUGUGUUGCUAUCCGUCAAUGGGCAGUCUCUCCUAGGUCUAACGCAUGGUCAGGCAGUAGGUUUUCUGAAAGCUACAGCUGAACUAGCAGGGGUGACACUAUCGCUUUUGGAUGGGCCUGAAACAUCACCAGGUUCUGCAAACUUCAUACCAUCUUGGCUGUAUUGGCAGAAGCUUCCCCGGUCACUUCACGUAUCAAAGAGCGUCGUCUUGCAUCGAUCACAAGGUGCUUCACUUGGAUUCAGCAUUGUUGGAGGAUCUGAUCCUCAGAGAGGGGACGAGCCCAUCCAUGUGCUGUUUGUUGUGCAGUCUUCACCAGCUGCUGUUGAUGGUAAACUUCGCUGUGGUGAUCGUCUCCUUUCGGUGGACGGCCAUUCUCUUGAAAUGGUGCGACACGCGGCUGCUGUCAGUCUUCUCAAGCAAGCUGGGCAGAGAGUUCAUCUGGAAGUGGUCUCUUGGCUAGGGACUGAGCUGUAGAAAUUCACAAAUGUCUCGUUUUUUUUCUCUUAACUUUUGAUUUAAAAUUAAAUAGUAUUUUAAAACCGAUAAAAAGAUUAGAAUUCACAGUCUUCCAUACUAAAGUAAGUCAUUCAGUUUCUCAACUCGUACAAACGGUACAUAAAGUCAAGGCUCUACAGGCAUUAGGGUUGCACUGUAUGCAUUUACUGUUCCCAGGUGUUGCAGGGAUAUAUUAUAGUGCCUUCUGUAUUCUAUGAUAAAGUAUGGUAUGAAAUAUAAAUUCAGGAUUACCUUUUAUCCUUUCAACUACAGUAGCUGUGAUGUCACAUAGGGUUCCUUUUGAAGAACAUACUAGUCCUGUUUGUCUUAGGGGCCAAAGGUGGUGGGAAUUAGACCUUCUAGAAUAAUAUACUAAAGGUGUCUUAGGUCAAGUCCUGGUGCCUUUCUUCUUGUAGGAAUUUUUUACCUGUAAAUAAUUAUACAAAUUAUUAAGAUGAACACUUUAGGUAUGACACGGAAAAACCUCCAUACUGGCGAACCUUCAGAAUACAUCAUAGAAAAUAAUAGUUUUUGUUGUAUUAUCCACAUUAGCUUAGAUAGGUUUGUUUUUUUGUCAUAUUUUCUGUAACUUGUCAGUCUUGUCCUGUACAGUGUACCAAAUGGAGAUUUUUCAUCUUGCUGUUUCAAUGUUUGUAGAUUUAGAAUGUGCUUAUUUUGUUGUGCUUAUUUUGUGGCAACUAUACUUACGAGAAAUGUUCCUAACAAGUCAUGCUAGAUUUACACCAGAUAGGGAUUAUCUGCCUUAUUAUCUAUUUUUUCACAGAUCCAGGUUUACAUUGUUCUUAUAUAUAACAACAUCAUGUAGGUGAUAUUUAAAACUUUCUAAGACUCCACUGAACAGUUUUUAUUUUCAAGUUAACUUUGAAAUAAAAUAAACCGUCAAACAAAUUUAUUCCAAACACCAACAUCAACUGAGAUUUUAUGGCAAUUAUUUAUUUUACGAGUAUGAAUGCAUUUUUAAACCACGUUGCCUUUGAUAAGACAGUUAUUAAUUGAUGUUUUAGCCAAAUUGUUGUAGCCAUAGUAAAAAAAAUUACUGUUAGCAUAGUUACAUUGUCGAUGUGUUACAUGGUUAAUAAACUAUAAAAUUCCA